CCCAAUUUUAUAUUAUAUUGUAAAUCCCUUUUGUGUUUUGUUUUGUUUUCCAAUUGGUAGUUUUUCCAGAUGGAUGAUUAUGAAAUUUAUUCUAAGAUUGAAGAAUAAGGAUAGCAAAUUUAUGCAUGUGUCUUCCUUCAAGGAUAACCAGCUUCUUCCCACCCUGGUUAUUUUGGCAUCAUGGACAGGAAGGUAUGAAGCUCAUUUGUGGGACAAGAAUUGCUGGAAUGAAUCACAAAACAAGAAAGGAAGACAAGUGGUGCUGGUUUUGUGGAAUCCUAAUGAAAUGAUGCAGUCUAUCUUGGUGCCUAUGAUGAUGAAGAAGCUGCUGCUCAAAGACAAACAGCCUCUCUACUGGUGGUUUGAAUGGGAUGACGUGACUAUGUAGUUUCUAACAAGCUUGUGUUAAUUAGGUUAAAUGGAAUUAAAAUCACAAGCUAUCUGCAGUUUCUGUACUAAAUUGAGUGAUACUGUCUCAAGUGAAAUACGAAAAGCAUAUGGAAAAACAACAUAAGUGGUGCAUCUUUUAACUUGUGGUUUCCUAGGUUUUUUAGGAUUCUCAUUUAUGACAGUAAAUUUUAUAGGUUGGUAUGGUUAUAAAACCUUAGUUGUUAUUAUUGUGCAUAAAAUUUGUUAUUAGGUGAUCUAUCAUGCUAUCUUAGGUUCCCAUCCUGCCACGUGAUAACUUA